UAUAGGUAUAUUAAGUAUGCCUUAUAGUCAUAAACAUUUUUCAUAUAUUUGACAAAUGUUAAAAUUUCACUUGUUGCUCUUUUGCUCUGGUUUCACAUCUCGUUUCCCCUGUUUUCAUCUAUAUAGAAGUCAACAUGUUGCUUCACGUCGUCCUUGCAGAUGACAACAUCCAGAGAGUUCGUAUUGAAAGGCUUCCAGAGAAAGUGGAUGAUCUGAAGAUACUGCUGAAGACAUGCCUCAACUUGGAGGAUGAGAUUUUCAUCCAAUUCCAGGAUGAAGAAUUUGGUGGAAAAGCAUCCAUGCUUAAAAGAGCCAGGUUCCAAGGAGGGGUUUUACUGUUGGAAAUUUAGUCUAGGCUUUAAGAUGGGGAAUCUUCGCCAAAAGUACCGCAUCGCUGGUUGUCCAGAGUUAGCAGUGAACCGCAAGAGGUCAGAAGGUCAAGAAAAAAGAAAAAUGAAGAAAGCAAGAUGGUCAGAGAUAAACUUUCUUCCAGACUUCCCCCAAGGGAAAAGUCCAAACAACCUUGAAGAUGACAA